AUGUUGAGGCUUAUCUUGCUCCUCCAAGCGUUGUACACGACAACGUCGAGUGACUCCAACACAUUACAGCAGAUACGACAAGUUGGACAGAAUGAGCAAAGCAGACCGCAUGUUAUUGACGGUCGGAUAUUAACAGAAGAACUUACACCACAACACACAACCUCAUCAUGCAACGGGUUCCUUGGGCUCCCUUGCCUCUGUAAUGGAGAAUCUGAACAAACUGGAGUUCGGGGUUUUUUCUGUCAACUCGAAACUCGUGUUGAAAGAAGGACUGCUUGGUUGUACCGCUACUUUGGAAGAAGGCAAGAGCAAAAGAAAGUUAGCUUGGCUCAGCACUGCGAUUACGAUGAUCCGAACAAGAUUAAGUUCUGCCCCCCAGUCAACGUUAGAUCGAGGCUUGCUGUGAACCAUAACCCCAAUCUGCCUUACAAUGGCCCCAUGAGCAAUGCCAGCGAAGCAUUGCCUUCCAAGUGCCUGGAAGAUCCUGACGAUCCAGAUUGCAGGAAACUUACAAGAAACGAUUCCAGUUCCAUAUCCAGCAGUGGCAGCCGCCCUGCUGCUCAAGCAGCUACCGUUGCUUCCAGCAGCAAUUCUGGUGUCUCUCGUUGUUUGCAAGAAGGCAAGAUCAAGCUCAUAUCUGAGGACGCAAAUGUUGGACUACCUGCUGGCGCAGUGGAAGUAGUCAGCUCCGAGGACAGCUCAGUUACUUUCAAGAUCACCCAGCUAUGGAAGUCUUCAAGGGCAGGGUGGAUCCAGCCUGCGUACAAGAAAGAUGGCAAGACUUGCGAUCUCGAAGAUCGACUAUCGUCUGCGGAUGGUGGCUUCUCUGUGCAAUUCAAAGCUGAGUGUCUUGGAAGCAAGGCCGCACUUGAUCUGUAUGUGCAAGAUAGCACCUUUGUCGGUGCCCAUGCAAGCGAUUUUCACGAUUGUUUGGACUGGAGUUCAGCUGUUGCCCUCUAUUCCUUUGAAUUGGCGUGUGAUGGAAGCAACUUGUGCGCUGUCAGUGCUGAGCAAAGUGAUGAGACCACUAGCAAUGAUGAGACCACUAGUGAUGAUGAACCGACACUGGCGCCUACGACCUUGGCUCCGCACCACUUCGUCUCGAAGACUCCUUCUGGAGCACUCUCAACAAGUUCUCCUACGAAGGAUAUGUGUUACGGAAAUAUGUUGAAGAGCAAUGGAAAAUUCUGCCACUCUGAGAUGCCUUCUGUUUCUGCAGAACCUUCGGAGCAACCCACAGGUUUCGGUCCUGACUUCGAGGGCGAGGAACAGCGUCCCUCAAGUGAUGCCCCUAGCGACGUUCCAAGUCAGGCUCCUACCAACCUUUCGAGUGAUUCUCCAAGUGACGUCCCUAGUCAGGCACCAACUGGUCCAUACGUGAGUGAUAUGCCAAGUGAUGUUCCCAGUCAGACACCAACAGACCUUUCGAGUGAUGUACCUAGUGAUGUUCCAAGCCAAACUCCAACAGAUCUUUCGAGUGAUGCACCCAGCGAUGUUCCAAGUCAGACACCAACAAAUCUUUCGAGCGAUGCGCCCAGUGAUGUACCUAGUCAAACUCCAACAGAUCUUUCGAGUGAUGCACCCAGCGAUGUUCCAAGUCAGACACCAACAGAUCUUUCGAGCGAUGCGCCCAGUGACGUGCCAAGCCAAACUCCCACAGGUCUUUCGAGUGAUGUACCCAGUGAUGUGCCAAGUCAAACACCUACAGACCUUUCUAGUGAUUCACCCAGUGACGUGCCAAGCCAAACUCCCACAGAUCUUUCGAGUGAUGCACCAAGUGAUGUGCCAAGUCAGAUACCAACAGGUCUUUCAAGUGACGCACCCAGUGAUGUACCAAGCCAAGCUCCAACAGAUCUUUCGAGUGAUGCACCCAGUGAUGUGCCAAGUCAGACACCUACGGACCUUUCGAGUGAUGCACCCAGUGACGUACCUAGUCAGGCACCAACUGGGCUCUUUGGGCGUGAUGAUGAAUUAUUUUCACCCAAAACCGAUGGGCCAACCAGCGGACCAACAUCUUCUCCUACCACGGGACCUACAAGUGGUCCAACCUCCGGACCCACCAGUGAUCCAACCAGAGGACCUACGAGUGGACCGACAUCGUCUCCUACCACGGGUCCUACAAGCGGUCCAACAUCUGAGCCUACCAGUGAUCCAACCAGAGGACCAACAUCUGGACCCACUUCAGGACCAACAUCCGGACCAACGUCAGAACCAACAAGUGGACCCACUGCAGGACCUACGUCUGAGCCUACAAAUGGUCCAACAUCUGGUCCAACGAGUAAACCUACUUCAGGCCCGACAUCAAGGCCCACUUCUGGACCAACUAGUGCACCAACUUCCAGUCCAACGUCCAGUCCAACUGAGGAUCCGACAAGUGGACCUACUGCGGGACCAUCUAGCGAACCGACCAAUGGACCUACAUCUGGACCUACUGCGGGACCAUCUAGCGAACCGACCAAUGGACCUACAUCUGGACCUACGAGCCGUCCAACUUCUGGGCCGACCUCAGACCCAACUUCUGGACCAACAGCUCGACCAUCCAGUGGUCCAACGUCUGGACCGACUUCAGGUCCUACAUCACGACCAACUUCUGGACCGACUUCAAACCCAACCUCUGGACCAACAGCUCUACCGACUAGCGGUCCAACGUCUGGACCGUCUUCUGGGCCCACGUCAGGACCCACUUCAAGCCCAACAUCUCGGCCAACUUCUGGACCUACGAGUUUACCGACAUCCGGACCCACGUCUUCUCCAACUGGGGGACCUACAGGAGGGCCUACUCCAGGACCUUCAACUUCAGGUCCCUUUUCUGGUCCGACUUCUAGUCCAACAGGAGGGCCAACAGGAGGGCCCACAUCCGGCCCAACUUCAGGGCCAACCUCUGGACCUACCAGCGGGCCAACUUCGGGACCUACCUCUGCGCCUACUUCUGGACCAACCUCUGGGCCUACCAGCGGUCCAACUUCGGGACCUACAUCCGGUCCAACCUCUGGACCUACCAGCGGGCCAACUUCGGGACCUACCUCUGUGCCUACUUCUGGACCCACCUCUGGGCCUACCAGCGGUCCAACUUCGGGACCCACCUCGGGACCUACCAGCGGGCCAACUUCUCGCCCCACCUCUGGGCCCACCAGUGGUCCAACUUCGGGACCUACCAGCGGGCCAACUUCUCGUCCCACCUCUGGGCCUACCAGUGGUCCAACUUCGGGACCCACCUCGGGACCUACAAGCGGGCCAACUUCAGGACCCACCUCCGGACCUACAUCCGGUCCAACUGCUGGACCCACCUCCGGGCCUACCAGCGGACCAACUUCGGGACCUAGCUCUGGACCCACCAGCGGUCCAACUUCCGGGCCAACCUCUGGACCUACAUCAAGACCUACGUCGGGUCCUACAUCAGGCCCAACUUCAAAGCCUACUUCCGGACCUACAAAUAGUCCUACAUUAGGCCCAACCAGUGGACCCUCCAGUGGUCCAACUGAUGGCCCAACCAGUGGACCUACGUCUGGCCCAACCUCGGGACCAACUAGUGGUCCAACGAGUGGUCCAACAAGUGGGCCUACUUCCGGUCCAACCAGCCGCCCAACGAGUAGUCCAACGUCUGGUCCAACAAGUAAACCGACGAACGGACCAACCAGUGGACCAACUUCUGGUCCCUCAUCUAGUCCAACUAGUGCACCAACAGAUGGACCUUCAAGUGGACCAACAUCUCAACCUACAAGUGGACCAACCAGUGGGCCGACAUCCGGUCCCACAUCUCAACCGACAAGUGGACCAACAUCUCAACCUACAAGUGGACCGACCAGUGGACCAACUUCCGGACCCACUGGGGGACCAACCGGAGGACCAACCAGUCUACCAACAUCCGGACCCACAUCUAGUCCAAGUAGUGCACCUACAGAUGGACCUACAAGUGGACCGUCAUCUCAACCUACAGAUGGACCAACGAGUGGUCCAACUUCUGGUCCCACAUCUAGUCCAACUAGUACACCGACAGAUAGACCUACGAGUGGACCAACAUCUCAACCUACAUCUGGACCAACCAGUGGGCCGACUUCCGGUCCGACAUCUAGUCCAACUAGUGCACCAACAGACGGACCUACAAGUGAACCAACAUCUCAACCUACUUCGGGACCCACCUCAGAACCUACAAGUGGUCCUACUUUGGGACCUACCAGCGGUCCUACCUCUGGCCCCACCAGUGGUCCAACGUCAUUGCCUACUUCUGGUCCAACUUCUGGGCCCACGUCGGAACCUACUAGUGGUCCAACUACUGGACCUACAUCUGGUCCUACCAGCGGACCUUCCUCUAAACCCACCAGCGGUCCAACUUCCGGGCCAACCUCUGGACCUACAUCAAGACCUACGUCGGGUCCUACAUCAGGCCCAACUUCAAAGCCUACUUCCGGACCUACAAAUAGUCCUACAUUAGGCCCAACCAGUGGACCCUCCAGUGGUCCAACUGAUGGCCCAACCAGUGGACCUACGUCUGGCCCAACCUCGGGACCAACUAGUGGUCCAACGAGUGGUCCAACAAGUGGGCCUACUUCCGGUCCAACCAGCCGCCCAACGAGUAGUCCAACGUCUGGUCCAACAAGUAAACCGACGAACGGACCAACCAGUGGACCAACUUCUGGUCCCUCAUCUAGUCCAACUAGUGCACCAACAGAUGGACCUUCAAGUGGACCAACAUCUCAACCUACAAGUGGACCAACCAGAGGACCGACUUCUGGUCCGACAAGUGGACCAACCAGUGGGCCGACAUCCGGUCCCACAUCUCAACCGACAAGUGGACCAACAUCUCAACCUACAAGUGGACCGACCAGUGGACCAACUUCCAGACCCACUGGAGGACCAACUGGAGGACCAACCAGUCUACCAACUAGUGGGCCGACAUCUGGACCUACAUCUGGACCCACUGUCGGACCGACCAGUGGUCCAACUUCUGGUCCCACAUCUAGUCCAACUAGUGCACCGACAGACAGACCUACAAGCGGACCAACAACACAACCUACAUCUGGGCCAACUGGAGGGCCAACUGGAGGACCAACCAGCCUACCAACCUCCGGACCCACAUCAAGUCCAACUAGUGCACCUACGGAUGGACCUACUUCAGCACCCACCUCUCAACCUACAUCUGGACCAUCCAGUGGUCCGACUUCUGGCCCCACAUCUAGUCCAACUAGUGCACCUACGGAUGGACCUACUUCAGCACCAACCUCUCAACCUACUUCUGCACCAACUGCUGGACCGACCAGUGGUCCUACUUCUCGCCCCACAUCUAGCCCAACUAGUGCACCAACAGAUGGACCUACUUCAGCACCAACCUCUCAACCCACUUCUGGACCUACAUCUAACCCAACAAGUGUACCAACAGACGGGCCCACUUCGGCACCUACUUCGGGACCAACUACUGGGCCGACUGCUGGGCCUACAUCGAGUCCAACAAGCGCGCCCACUGUCGGACCUACUGCAGCACCAACUUCGCAACCUACAUCAGGACCUACAAAGGAAACAGAAGGAAAUGGCGAUCCUCAUUUCAAAACAUGGAAGAACGAACAUUUUGAAUUCCAUGGACAGUGCGACAUUGUCAUGAUUUCUAACAAGGACUUUGCUGGUGGCCUUGGCAUUGAUAUUCACAUCCGCACGAAGAUUGUUCGAUUCUGGAGUUACAUCGAGAAUGCUGUAAUUCGAAUCGGAAAUGAUAUUCUGGAGGUCUCAGGAUCCUUGGACCUUGAAGAGGCAAAAUAUUGGAUCAACUACGAAGACGGGGGCGACCUGGAGGAUCUUGCUGGCUUCCCGAUAUCGAUCAGCCCCAGCAAUAAUAAGUACACAAUUGAUCUUGGCAGUCAAUAUCGGGGAGAGAAGCUUGAGAUCAGGACCUUCAAAGAGUUCGUGGGGGUCAAGAUUAUCGGUGCAACCGAGUCUUCUUUUGGCAACUCAGUUGGUAUCACUGGAGACUUCCGGACGGGUAACACCUAUGCUCGUGACGGAAGCACAGUUUUGGAUGAUUUUACCGAACUGGGAAAUGAAUGGCAAGUCUUGCCAUCGGAUGGUAGACUAUUCCACGAGGUAGCUCGACCACAGUUCCCUGAGAAGUGUUGGCUACCUGAAGACCCCCGAGGUGAACGUAGACGUCGUUUGGGCGAAAGCACCAUCACGGAGGAUCAAGCCGAAGCCGCUUGUGCUGGGCUGGAAGACGAAUUCAGCCGCAAGGGCUGCGUGUACGAUGUCCUUGCCACUCAAGACUUGGAUAUGGUAGGCGCAUACUGA